AUGGUGGUUUGUUUGGGAUUGUGGGGGGGUUGGGUUGGGUGGAUUGGAUGGUGGGUGGUGGGGGUGGGGGGGGGUGUUAUUGGGGGGGUUGGUUGGAUAAGUUUGGGGAUUGUUUUGGGGUUGGGGGUUGGGGUUGUGGGGGGGGGGGGGGUGGUUUUUGUUGGGGUUGGUAUUAGUUUGGUGUUUGGGGGAUGGGGGGGGGGUGGGGUUGGUGGGUGGGAGGUGUGGGGGGUUGGGUUUUGGGUUGAGGGUUUGGGGGUUGGUAGGGUGGGUUGGGGGGGGGGGAGGGAUGGUGGGGGGGGUUGGGUGGGUGGUAGGGUUGGGUGGGUUGUGAGGUGGGGGGGGGGGGUGGGGGGUGGGGUUGUAUGUAGGAGGGGUGUUGGGGUUUAUAUAUGGGGGGAUAGGGGGUGGGUGAGGGGGAUGUUGGGGGUUGGGGGUUGGGGUUUGGUUGGGGAUGGUAAUGGUUGGGGGGGGUUGGUGUGGGGGUGGGGGUAUGGAAGGAUUGUGGGGUGGGGGGGUUGGGGGUGA